CACAUGAACUUUGUUUCAUAACCAAAAUGGCGUCUUGACUUCUGGAUGUAAAAAAUGUCACUUACUCCAAUGAAUGCGAUGGAGGAGGAACAUCGUAGGAUGUCAUUAAAGCAACCUCUAGCUCCAGUGCAGGAAACAAAACGGAUGUCCUUGAAACCAACGGCGAUGGAGGGCCGAGGGGCCGCGAAAUCAGUGUCACAAAAGUUAGAUUCCAAAAAGCGGCGCACGAGUAGAGCGAUGGCAAUGCGUCGAGAUUUCUUGAUUAACCGCAGGAACACCGGUGGCGAUUUACCAGAAACACCAGACCCUGAAGAAAUACUUGAUGCUGAAGUUCUUUUCAGUCGUCUGCAAAAAAUGUUUAUAGCUGCAGAAGAAGAUGAUAGAACUGGUCUCAACAUUGACGAGUUUAAGGAAGCAAUGCACAAGACGGUCGGCCGCCAUAAUACGAAAGAAGAAAUAGAAGUGCUGUUCAUGAAAGUUGAUGCCAACUGUGAUGGGGUGGUAGACUGGGAAGAGUAUGUGACCUAUAACCUUUUAGAAUACAAGGAGAAGGCAUUAAUGAUAGAAAUGCUACGAAAGAAACCCUUCCCGAAUGAAACUCGUGAGAUUGACAGUCGUCAUAGGGAUAUUAUUGUCAAAAUUAUGUUCUUUCCAAACGUGAGAAAAACGUGCGAAACUGGUACAAAGACUUGUUUCACAUCCGGCAAAUACGUAACGCUCAGUAAAGAAGGUUUGCUUGGAAUUUGGAGUCUAAACAUGAGGAAUUUGAAGUAUUACAAUGCCAAUCACUUUCAGAACAGAAACACCCAGCCUUGGUUUACAGACAUGGUAGUCAUGUAUAACGUCAAUAUGUUGGCUCUGACGUCCACCGAUCGUGACAUCAUCAUAUUCGACCUCGCAGGAAAGAAGUUUACGAUGCGAUAUAACGUCACGGGUUUCGAAAAUUGUAUCACUGCAAUGGACUACUGGGUAAGUCCAAAUGAUCUGAAUACCGCGCUUCUACUUUUUGGCGAUACAGCUGGAAGCGUUUCCGUCAUACGGUUUGAUUCUAUUCUUCGCGGGGGACUUUUUGGCGCCACCGGUGGAAAGAAAAACACGUGCAAAAGAGUUAGCUUUCCUGAAGUAAUGAAAGGCUUUGUGCUUGGUGUUAGGGCACAAAAAAUAUCAAAUAUACAUGGGGAUUGGGUUAACAAGGUUCAAUAUCUCCCUGAUAUUGACUGUUUCCUGUCAUCUUGCCAGAGUCCGCAAACUGCACUUUUUUUCGGCGAUUUUGCUGGAAAGAAAACACGUGUUUACUUUAAGGUCAACAAAGGCGUCUUGAGCUUUGAUUAUUCACACUCACUUAAUAUAAUUGUCACGGGCGGGAUGGAUUAUAUGCUCCGUGUGUGGAACCCUUAUGUAAACAAUAAAGCUAUCGUCCUUCUAAAGGGUCACACCAAGCCAGUUAAUCACGUGAUUAUAAAUGAAAACAGAAACCAAGUGAUCAGCAUCGACAAAGGUCGCUCAAUACGUGUGUUCGAGCUCCGCGAUCAGACCUGUUUGCAGCAUAUUAGUGGACGGAUGGUCAAAUUAGAUACAUUUCCGGUUUCUGCAGUAUUUUUCAACGCCGCCAUGCGCACUAUGCUCAUAGCAGCCAACCAGAUUGUAAUGUUAGAAAAUCGCGAGGAGGAGGAGGGAUUUUCGGAGACGAUGUCUCAUAACAAACCUGUAGUUGCCGCAAUGUACAGCAAAGUGUUUGGGUCGGUUGUAAGUGCAUGCCAAGAUUCUGUUGUUAGUGUAUGGGAUACAAACUCUGGUGACAAAUUAAUGCAGUUUGUCAACGCCCAUAGUACAAUCGAACGAGGUGUAGAGAUUCCUGUAGAAAUUACGGCUCUUUGUUUCGAUUAUAAUGGCCGCCGGCUGGUAACAGGCGCUCGCAAUGGUACUGUUCAUGUCUGGAAUUUCAACAAUGGUUCCCUUAUGCAAAAUUUUGCACUUCCGGAUAGCUCUGACGUCACAGGAAUAGUAUGUACAAAACAUAGAAUUUACGUUUCCGGCUGGGGAAAGACGGUGUACAUUUACGUCGAUGGUGGUGGAGAAGAGCAUAGAAAGAAUUGGAAAAUGCAACAUAAAGAGGACAUUUUGUCAAUCGCCUAUUUCCCGCCAAACAUGAUCGUCACAGGAUCCUACGACGGGGAUAUCAUAGUUUGGUCACGUGAGACCGGACAGGUUUAUUGUCGUCUGAAUGCAUUUGUGAGUGUAAAACCAAUCACUGAAGGGGGGAAAGUUCGCCGUAAAAGCUCUGUGAAAAAUGAAACAAACAUCCAAGCUACUCAGUCUGAGGUUGAUGAUGAUGACGAAAGCGGUGCUAAGUGGCAGAAAGGCAAAGCAAAAUUAAGCCGGGCCGGUUUAUUAAACAAUUUUAAAGCUAGUGAUUUGGAGAAGUUUCUUCCUGAGGGUCUGCUUGAGGAAGAAGAGGGAUGCAAGCAUCCGUUAUUGCAGGCACUGGAUCCUCAUUCAUUUCACUCUGACAGUGACUCUGAAUUUUCUCGGAACGAAUACGACAAAGUGUGUAAGAGUUAUGAAUCGGCAGUGGAGAAAAUAAUAUUCCUUGACACAAGAGAGCCUCUACAGAAAGAUACGGCAAUCAUUGUCACAAGUGGUGCAGAAGGAUGGAUACGAUUCUGGUCCAUGCAUCACGAGGGUGGACUGAUUGGACAGUUCAAUGCAGCCCACAGGCUUGGUGAAAGCGUAUUCACGAUAAAAUCCGACACCAAUGACAGUUACCUGUUUACUGGUGAUACUGAAGGGUAUAUCAAAAUCUGGGACAUACGUGAUUACUGCAAAAGCAAGAAAAUGAAUUCCGCUGAACGAAAGGCACACUACGACUUCUUACGGCGUAAGUUUACGUUCUUCCGUGCUGAAAGUUAUCAAGAAAGUAAGCAGCUGUACACGGUACCAGCGUAUUUGAAGAACGUGUUUGCAAGCCGACCUCCUCCGGAAUCUAGCGAUCCCAAACGGACUCUGAAAUACCCCAUGCUGGUGAAUUCUUUCAGAGCACACAUCCGCAGCAUUCACAGCGUUGACUACGUUACAGAUCGGGAGCUUCUUAUUACCGGAAGUGCAGACUGCAGCAUUCGAAUAUGGACAGUAAAUGGACAGUACAUUGGCACAUUCGGUGGUGAAAAAUGGCCGACGUUACCGAAUAUUGUCACGAACGAGUACUUCCUGUCCCAGAUUCCUAACGACAUCCGGCGAGCGGGCUCUGCCCGGACGUUGAAGGUUAUGCACGGUGGAAAAUUACCAAUGUGGCAGAGUGCAAUAAGUAUAGUGAAAAAUCGAGGUGUUGAGAGACUCAAGAAACAAUUUGACCACUUGCAGGACGUAGCAAUUGAAGUGAUAGAUGCACGUGACAGUGAAGGGACUAGUAACAUUCUCGGAAAGUCAUACAAGAAGAAAAUGAGACACAGGAUGCCACCGACACUGCCUAAAUUUAUUGAAACGCCAGGCACGGUUGCUGUAUACCACACCCUUCCGUUUGUUGACCUUUCGCCUGUAGAAGCACUGACUGAUACCAUGAAGGAAAUACAAGCUCGUCGGGCUAUGAACAUGGCUCUGAACAAACUGCGAGGCAUAAAACCGAAGAAGCCGGAAGUGCCUGCCAUAAUACAGUUGUUUAACAAGAUAGUGAACAAACAAGGUCCACCGGUACAGAGAUUCAGAACCAGCAGAAUCAAAAAAGUUGCUGAUAAAUACCAAGGUCCAUUAUCCGCACGUGGCAGACGACAAAAGGAAUCAAGACCCAACAGCAAAGCGUCUUCGAACAACGUACAACCGGAAAUUAAAGUCGACGAAGCACGUGAUGAGUCACAUGCUGACCUCUCGGAAAGUUUCGACGAGGAUGAGAACCCAUGUGACAAACGGGCGUCGUCGGGCGUCGUCCACUUUGUCUUGCGGUAGCCAAGGAAACUCUUCACGUGCUGACGUCUCAAAAUUACCGUCAAUCGUAGAAUAAUCUUAAUUUGACAGACAGCUUUCCGAACAGUACAAAUAAUGUUUAGAAACUAUAAAAAGUGAAAUAUGAACAACAAUGUAAGCGAAGAUUAAAUUCAAUAAGUUUUAAUGAUUUUUAUAGAAUUUGUUUUAAUUUACCUGUGACAUAAGUUGUAAUAUUGUAUAAGAGGAAUUUCUACAUUUUUAUUUCAUGUUGACCAUACAUUUUUUUACAUAUUGCUAUACAUAUAUUGGGUAUAGCUAACCAUGUAUCUAUUUUAUAACUGCAUCAUCAUGUAGUUACAUUAUUGCUGAUAUUACGCAUGUGACUCAUGGUGUAAAUAAUGAAAAUAUUUUAAAGACAAAAUAAAAUAUGUCUACCGUAUACAAUGUUCAUA